AUGGGAUGUGCAAUGUCUGCAGAGGAGCGGGCUGCGCUGGCUCGGAGUAAGCAAAUUGAAAAAAACCUAAAAGAAGACGGUAUUCAAGCAGCUAAAGACAUUAAACUGUUACUACUAGGGGCCGGAGAAUCUGGGAAGAGCACAAUAGUGAAGCAAAUGAAAAUUAUUCAUGAAAGUGGUUUUACAUCUGAAGACUUUAAACAAUAUAGACCAGUAGUUUACAGCAAUACUAUACAAUCUUUGGUUGCCAUUCUUCGUGCCAUGCCAAAUCUUGGUAUAACAUUUGGGAACAAUGAAAGGGAGGUAAGUGCUGACGCCAAAAUGGUGUUUGAUGUAAUUCAAAGAAUGGAAGAUACUGAACCUUUUUCGGAAGAAUUACUUACCGCCAUGAAGAGAUUAUGGAUGGAUGUUGGAGUUCAAGAAUGCUUUGGACGAUCGAACGAAUAUCAGUUAAACGAUUCAGCUAAAUAUUUUUUAGAUGACUUAGAUCGAUUAGGAGCCAAAGAUUAUCAGCCUACAGAGCAAGAUAUAUUGAGAACUAGAGUAAAAACCACUGGAAUUGUAGAAGUUCAUUUUUCUUUCAAAAAUUUAAAUUUUAAAUUGUUUGAUGUAGGAGGUCAAAGGUCAGAAAGAAAGAAAUGGAUUCAUUGUUUCGAAGAUGUCACCGCCAUUAUAUUUUGUGUAGCCAUGUCAGAAUAUGAUCAAGUACUACACGAAGAUGAAACAACCAAUCGGAUGCAGGAAAGCUUAAAACUUUUUGAUUCUAUUUGUAACAACAAAUGGUUUACCGACACCUCAAUUAUUCUUUUUCUAAAUAAAAAAGAUUUAUUCGAAGAAAAAAUUAAAAAAUCGCCUCUUACAAUAUGCUUUCCAGAAUAUUCAGGUGCUCAAGAAUAUGGGGAAGCAGCAGCAUAUAUUCAAGCGCAAUUUGAAGCUAAAAACAAAUCGACAACAAAAGAAAUUUACUGCCAUAUGACUUGUGCAACAGAUACAACUAAUAUUCAGUUUGUAUUCGAUGCGGUCACAGACGUUAUCAUUGCUAACAAUCUUCGAGGUUGUGGUCUUUAUUAA